GUUACCUCACGCUCGUCGUCUUUCCCCCUCGUCUCAGGACACGCACGAUGUUCAUUCUGCCUGCGCCCGUCUCGGCCACCGCCCUGCAGCUCGAGCUUGCCCUCCCGGCGUCUCCGGCAUGGGUCUCGUCGCUCAGCAUGCCGUACACCCGCCUCGCCCUCGUGCUCCUCACGACGCUCGCGAUCCUGGCUCUCGUCAGGGUAGUCUUGUGCUCCCGCGCGCAUGCCGUCAUCCCCGUUGCACUGGCGGUCGAGAAGGCCGCAACCCCCGUUGCAACUGUCGCCGCGAACGAGAAGAUAGCAGAGCCGGCCGUGGGGCACACACGGUGGCUCGCUCGACUGCUGUCUUGGAAGAAGAAGUCAUCUUUGUCAGACAUAUCCGCAUCGGCUCCGUCUAUGGCACUCUCGCAGACUCUGCCCCUCGCCAUCCGUCCCUCUGUUGCGCCGCCCAUGCGCGGGCAGCGCGGAGUGCGCGGUGUGGGUCUCGCUCGACGGCCCGAAGUCCCUCGUGCCCUAGUCGAUGUCCCCUUGCCUGCCUUGUUCCAAUGUCAAACACCUGCUUCCAUGGCGAAAGCGAUCAUGAGUCGUCAUACGCACCGUCGUCCAUCUGCCAUCCCAUCCUCGUCCUCCCGUCGCUCAACGCCAUCGUCUCUCACUCGGUCUGUUUCCCACCCGUCUCCUUCCGCGGAGGAAGGAGCGGUGUGAUGCGACCGAGGAGCAGGGCCCAUCUGCCAGCGCCCGGGACAAUCCGGCCGCUGCUGCUGAUGGGUCCGUGAUGACGAACUGACGACUGUCACGAGGUGGACCCUUCGCUGCAUGAAGAACGUCCAGCAUACCACAUACCACACACACUCGAUACGAAAGAGGCCCGCCGCGGGCUUUUUCCGGUCCUCGGAUCCAGCCUGUAUGCGCGUCCUCCUGAUCGGGCCGCGCUGCCCGCCAGUGCCGGAAUCUAUUCUAUUACUACGUUAUUGUCCACAAUUUGAAUUCAAUGGUAUUAAAUUAUAUCUGCGAA